AGCCAUUUUGGCUCAAGGAUCCGCACCGCAGGCUUUCGCGCCCCACACCCGCAGUCCGGAGCCGCUCCCGCCACCUCCCCCGGCCCGCCGCACCAUGGCGCGCCGCCCUGGCCGUGCCCUCCUGGCCGCCGCGGCCACGCUCUCCGCCGCCUGGAUGGCCCGCACCGCGUUCGUCCCUGCGCCGCAGGCGUCUCCGGCGCCCCCAGGCCAGCUCAACCCCACGCUCGCCGUGUCCGCCGCGCUGCCCACGCUGCUGUUCGCCGCUGAGGCCGAGGCCAAGUACGGCGACCAGAGGAAGUGGCACGCCAUUCUGGUGCCGCUGACCACCCUGAUCGUCCCGGGCAUCGCGUUCGCGGCCUUUCUGCUGUACACCUUCUCCGACGACUUCGCCUGGCAGCUGAACCCGAAUGCGCCGAAGAACAUCGAGAAGCAGGCACAGUACGACAUGGUCCCCGCUUGGAAGAACCGCGCGGACCCUUUCAGGGGCCUCAUCAACAAGGACGACUUCGAGAAGGGCCUCGAGGAGGCCUGGGAGAAGGCCAAGCCGGCGGGCAGCACCGUGACGGUGAAGCAGAAGUUGGCCGAGAUGUCCACCCAAAACAGCCCCCACUUCAUGGAGAACAAGCUGGCAAAGCUCAGGAUGAAGGCGAGGGCCGCGCUGUCCGCCUGACGGAGGGGCCUCUGGCGGCGCGGCGCGCCUCUGGGGCUGCCCGGCGUCGGGCCGAUUUUUUGCAAGCCGUGCGCUCGGCGGUUGGCAAGCCGCCUCUUCCUUCCAGCAGCCUCAGGAGGAGCAUCCUCCUCCACCUUCUCCUCCAUCUUCAUUCUCCCUUGGAGACCGCGGUAUGGCCGAGCACGGGGGGGGGAAA